AUGAUGAACCUCUUCCGACUGCUGGGGGAUUUAUCCCACCUGCUAUCCAUCCUGAUUCUGCUGCAUAAGAUGAAGGUGUCGAGCAGCGCGUCCGGCAUCUCGUUCAAGUCACAAUUUCUCUAUUUGAUGGUCUAUCUCACGCGUUACGUCGACCUGCUGUGGACCUUCUACGAACCCAAGUCGCUCUACAAUACCAUUUUCAAAAUCAUCUUCAUCAGCACAUCCGCCUACACCGUCUACCUCAUGCUCAACGACUACAAGCCGACGCACGACCCGAAUCUCGACACGUUCAAGGUGCAAUAUCUGCUGGGAGCGAGCGCGGUGCUGGCGAUACUGUUUCCGUACAAAUACACGUUCUCUGAGAUACUCUGGGCUUUCUCCAUUUGGCUGGAAUCAGUCGCCAUUCUGCCUCAGCUCUUCAUGCUGCAAAGAACCGGCGAGGCGGAAACGAUCACGACACACUACCUGUUCGCGCUGGGUGCGUACCGGGCGCUGUACAUCCCCAACUGGAUCUACCGCUACUUCUUCGAGGUGCCCAAGUUCUACGACCCGAUCGCGGUGAUUGCCGGCAUCAUCCAGACGAUCCUGUACUCUGAUUUCUUCUACAUUUACUACACCAAGGUUAUCCAAGGCAAGAAGUUCAAUCUGCCCGUAUAG